UGAACUUAAACCAAGAUGUCUGUGAAAGUGACAGCAGCCUUACUCCUACUACAGCUGAGUGGCUUAUUUGGAUCAGGGAGUACUGGCAAGGUGCUGGUGUGGCCAAUGGAGUACAGCCACUGGCUCAACUUAAAGACAAUCCUGGAUGAGCUCGUGAAGAAGGGUCAUGAGGUGACUGUUCUGAUACCCUCAGCUUCUCUUUCUUAUGAAGUUGAGGAUACAUCUGUCAUUGAAUUUGAAAUAUACCCUUCUUCCUUUUCCAUGGAUGAUUUGGAGGAACUUUACAUGGAAUCAAUGAAAAAAUACAUUUAUGAGCUGCCAAAGCAAUCAUAUUGGAGAUACUUUUUCAUGUAUCAAGAAUUAGUUUGGUUAGAUUCAGAUUAUUUUGAAAGUCUCUGCAAAGAUGUUGUUUUCAACAAAGAACUCAUGGCAAAACUACACAAUUCAAGCUUUGAUGUCAUCCUGGCAGAUCCCUUCGUACCCUGUGGUGACCUGCUGGCAGAGAUUCUCCAGAUACCACUUGUGUUCAGUCUCCGCUUCUUUCCUGGCUCCACGUAUGAAAAGUACAGUGGAGGACUCCCCCUACCUCCUUCCUACGUGCCAACUGCUCUGUCAGAACUGAGUGACCGGAUGACAUUCAUGGAGAGGGUACAAAAUGUAAUCUAUGUGCUUUGUUUUGACUUUUGGUUCCAAACAUUUAAUGAGAAGAAGUGGAAUCAGCUUUACAGUGAAGUAUUAGGAAGGCCCAUGACACUCGUGGAGAUGAUGGGGAAGGCAGAUAUAUGGCUCAUCCGAACCUACUGGGAUUUGGAAUUUCCUCACCCAUUCGUACCAAAUUUUGAUUUUGUUGGAGGACUGCACUGCAGACCUGCCAAGCCUCUGCCUAAGGACAUAGAAGACUUCGUCCAGUCAUCUGGAGAACAUGGUGUUGUGGUGUUUUCCCUGGGCUCCAUGGUGGGAAACCUAACAGAAGAAAGGGCCAAUGUGAUUGCAGCAGGCCUCGCCCAGAUUCCACAGAAGGUUCUUUGGAGAUUUGAAGGUAAGAAGCCAGACACCUUGGGCUCCAACACUCGGCUGUACAAAUGGAUCCCCCAGAAUGACCUUCUCGGUCAUCCUAAAACCAGAGCUUUUAUAACUCAUGGUGGAACCAAUGGCCUCUAUGAGGCGAUCUACCACGGGAUUCCUAUAGUUGGCAUUCCUUUGUUUGGAGACCAAUUUGAUAAUGUUGUUCACAUGAAGACCAAAGGAGCGGGUAUUAGACUGGACUUUCUCACAAUGUCCAGUACAGAUUUGCUCAAUGCCGUGAAGACAGUCACUACUGACCCUUCCUAUAAGGAGAAUGUCAUGCGACUAUCAAGAAUUCACCAUGAUCAGCCAGUGAAGCCCCUGGACAGAGCCGUCUUCUGGGUUGAGUACGUCAUACGCAAUAAAGGAGCCAAGCACCUACGUGUGGCAGCACACGACCUCACCUGGCUCCAGUACCACUCUCUGGACGUGAUUGGAUUCCUGCUUGCCUGUGUGGUAACUGUGAUCUUCAUCACCACAAAGUGCUGUCUCUUUUCUUGUCAGAAGUUUGCUAGCGCUGGAAAAAAGAAAAGGGAGUAACUGAGGUGGGGAGAACAGACACAUGGACCUCCUCCAGUGCAUCACAGCAAGGGAGACUUUCCAGGAUUUCCUUCAUCACAACUGACUUGGACAUUAUCACACUUACUUCAGCUUUUUGAGUACACUUGAGGGGAAAAGUGAGGUUCCUUUUCCCCUCACUUAUAAAGUACACAUGCAAGACAACACCACAAAUUAUUUCAGUCCCAAAAGCACUGACCUCAUAUUGUAUGCCAAUUCUGAAAUGUCCCCACAACUCACAAUUUGUUUUCUUGAUUUUCUUUAAUUUAUUUAUUCAGAAUUUCUUACCUUGAUUCAGUGAAAUAUUACAUUCCUCCCUCAUGACCACAUUCCUACUUCCCACUGGAUCUCACCCAAUAUGUCCCAAUUGCAACUUCCCAUACUCUUAUUUUGUUUUUAACAACCUAGUAAGUCCAAUUUGUGUUGUCUAUAGAUGAAUGCAUGUAUUCCUAGAAGGGAGGGCAUUGAUGUAUCAUACGCAAUUUACGAGUCCCACCAAUCUGCAUAAUAAUCAUUCAUCCUUUCCUGAAAUUGCUCUUUAUUUAUUGGUGGAGUGUUAGGAGCUCUUCCCAUUGUUUGUGGAAUUUUGGCUUCUGAUCUUAUAUAAGUCUUGUGCAGCUGAGAGGUCCUUUGAUUUUAUGAGUGCAAUGACAACCUCGUGUCCAGAAAAAGUAUUCCAUACCACUUGUUCUCUUGGUAGAAUUCAUAUGUUCUUUCACAUUCUUCUGUAGUAUCCCCUGAGCUUUGUCAUGGGACAGAUCACUCUUACCUUUUGAGAAGAUGUAAGUCUCUACAUUGAUUGGUACCCACUACAACAAAUGCUUCCCUGACAAAGGCUGAGAAAAUUCCAGAUCUGUGCCUAUUAGCAUAAACACUUAGAAGGUAAUUUGCCAACAUGACCAUUCAGUAAAAUAGCAAUAGUGGGUCCAACAAGGACUUUAACCAGGUUUAUGGUGCCAGAUUCCUUACAAUGGAGUUGGGUUCAAAUCCAUUGGAAAAUACUUAGCUAUCCAUCGAUUUAGCUUCAGUUACUAACUUAACAAAGCCUAGAACAAAGUCUAACCUACUGGUAAGUCUGGGAAUGUAUUCUGAUUAUUGACUGAUGUAGGAAUGCUCAAACUUCAGUCAAUAAUAUGGUCCUGCCCACAGCAUGGUCACUGACCUGACACAGAAGUGACCAUUCCUACAGUCCUGUCCACAGCAGGGUGAGCCCUUCUAUAUCAUGAAGACCCUGUAAUGAAUAAGAAAGGAGGUCCUGGUUGAAUAAAAAAGCUAGUUAAGAAUGAACCUGGGAGUUACACAACUCCAACUUUAUCUUGAGGUCAUCUCAGUUACUGCUCUAACACAGCCAUGUGCCAUCAUACAAACAUCAGAUUUUAUGUUUAUUACAGUUAGUAAAAAUCCAGUCAUCCUAAACAACAGGAAUAAACAGCAAAUGGCACUCAGGACAUAGCACUGUAAAAGGUUGCAUCACUCAUUUGCACUUUGAGGACAGCUUACACCUACCUUUUAUUAGGUUCAUCAUGUACAGAAACAAAGUCUUCUUCAUAUAGUCCCUCUUCGGAGAACAAUAUGAUAUUCAGCAAAUGGUGUUUCAAUAAAUCUAAGAAUCUAGUCCUUUUUUCAAAAAUGUAUUUAUUAUUUAUGCAUACAAUGUUCCGCUCACAAGUAUCCUUGUAGGCCAGAAGAGGGCACCAGAUCUCACUACAGAUUAUUGUGAAACAACAUGUGGUUAGUGGGAAUUGAACUCAGGACCUUGAAGAACUGUUACUGUUCUUAACCUCAUAGUUGUAACUCUGAAUCUAGCUCUAUAAUCCUGGAAUAUGCUAUAAGAUUCUAAUGGGAAGGACAAAAUUCGAUUUCUAAAACAAGGCUUUCCUAUUCUGAUAUCAUAGCUGAUUCAGAUAUAAUUUGGUACUGGUAUUCUAGGAAUGGGAAAAAUUCUUCAAGGCACAGUGUGAUUUCUGUGUGCAGGUGGCAUGAUUUAUUAAGAAAAUUCAAGGUAUUCUAGCUCAUGACACUGAUCACAGGAUAAAUGUUACCUUUAUGAUGUAAAAGAGUUCCUAAAAUUAGUUCUUCAAGUUUUAACAGCAAAUAGUGGAAAUAAUAGUUAUCACUUUAUAAAGAAGACAGCAGAGUUAGCUGCAAGAUGCCAAGUCUCCAGGUGAGAGCAAGACAAAGAAAAACUGUAUCUAGCAAAUGAUGUGGCUGCAUAUAUUAUAGAUAUAAAUUCUUUGUAGAGUACAGAUUCACAAAAAAAAAUCUACCCCACUGCUACCUUAAUCCCUACAAUAAAAUAUUCACACAUUUUGAAAAGGACUCCUGUAGUGUGAGCAUUGAAUUCCAGAACAGACAAGAAAACUUCUGUUCUAAUGUUAGCUGAAUAUUACUAGAGUACCAGGUGAAAUAACAAGAUUUUUACCAACAACAAGGAAAUCCUGUAUGAGAAGCACAUGCAUUGAAAACAGGAACAAUCUCACUUUUAACACAGAGCUUAGGCCUUCAGCCAUAAAUACUUCAAAGCUUCAGAGUUCAAAAACAGCACAACACUUAAUUAGAGAAAAUGAAGUGAACCCUGUGACAAUCUUCCUGUCACACUAGAAGACUGACCCCCAAAAGUUGGGGAGUUAAUUAUGGUCACAUUACCCAGGAAAGCAUCAGUAGUGGGCAAGGACAGAAAAAAAGUUUAACUACAACCUGUACAGAGGAGCCUACAAAAAGAGAGAUGAAAACUCGACUCCUCCAUCAAGAGCCCUUGCUCCUUCCAAACCAGAACAAUAGAAACAAAAUGAAACUAGAAAUAAAUGAAAUAAUGAAGAGAGAUGACUCUGACAAAAGAGUUCUAAUGACUUGAAACAGAUUAUGCCAAAGUGCCCAAGUUACAGGUCAGGCUAUAAAGGCAACACUGCCCAAAAGAAAACUUCGCGAGCAAGUGUUAGAAGGACACCGAUUGAUCAAAGGGAGAAAAAUACAGGAUAACAGAAGCAGACUCCGGCUCCUGCCAUUACUUGGAUUCAACACAGACCUGAGCAGAAACCAUACUUCACCUUAGCUGAGAUCAAGUGGAUUCAGGAUGGUGUGUCCCUUCCAAGGUUCACUUUAAACACCGUCCUUCUGACUUGGUUAGCACACAAGUCCAGUUUCUGCAUAUUGAGAAUUUCAAGGCAUAGUGCCUCAUUAAUUCUCACACUGCAGUUUUUAUUUUAUAGAAAUGUUUCUAUAGGGGAUCCCAAUCCUCCAAGCUGACUUGCUUAGAAUUGCAUCUUAGCGCCCUAUUUUAUUCGUUUAUAUGUACUAUAUUACUGUUUUUUCAGUAUGUAUGUGUGUGUACCUCAUGUAUGUUUGGUGCAUUCAGAAGCUAUAAAAUGGCAUAGGAAACCCUGUGACUUGAGUUACAGAUGACUGUGAGCCUUGUGGGUGCUGGGAUUCUAACUGGGUCCUCUUGCAAAGCAACUAGUACUUUAGGUGCUAAGCUAAUACUUCAACACCAGGGUUUGAAGUGAUAAUUGUUUCUUUAUAAGUUUCUUUUUAUCUCUUUCUAUUAUCUUAUUUCAUCUGUUCCCUUUUGUGAUUGUUUACCUGUAUACUUGAGACAGAAUCUCAGUAUGCAGCUCUGAGUGUCCUCAAACCCUCUUGGUAGACAAGGAUAGCAUUGAAUUCAGAGAUCUACAUGUAACUUUCUCCUGGGUGCUGGUAUUCAAGGUGUGUGCAAUCUUUCCUGACUAACUUAAGCUUCUUCCUUUUUGUUUCUAAUAAAAAUUAUUUUUGUAGACAUGCAGUGCUGGCACACUCCUUUAGUUCCUGCAAGUUGGAGGCAGACGCAAGAAGAUCUCUGUUUGUUCAAGACCAGCUUGUUCUACAGAGUGAGUUCCAUGACAGCCAAGUCUACAAAAUGAAACCCUGUAUCCACAUAUGAAAAGACAAAAAUUAUUUCAUGUAAAAAAUUAUAAAUGAAAAAAAAAACAGUAGCCAGAUAUGGUAGCACAUGCCUUUAACCUUAGCACUCCAGGGACAAAAACAGGUAGAUCUUUGAGUUUCAGACCAGUUUGGCCUACAAAGACAGUUCAAAGAUAGCAAGGGCUACAUGAGUCACCCUCUAUCAAAAAAUAAACAAUAAACAAUAAAUAAAUAAGUUUUAGGUAGGAUUGGGUAUUUGUAUGUGUGUGGGGUGUGUGUGUUUAGGAUUUCUUCCAUCCUAUUGUCAUAAUGUUUGGAAAUAAACAUUUCAUAUUUGUUCAUUGA